AUGGCAGAAGCACAAAUAUCACCCAAAAAGCCUUACCUAUAUACCUCAUCCGACGAGAAUGCGACCAGCUCAGACCUCCGGGUCCAAGAGACGCAUAUCUUGCAAGAGCGCAAAAUUGGCGUUUUUGGCGCUAUUUCCCUUAUCGUGAAUAAGAUUAUUGGCGCUGGAAUCUUCUCCACCCCGGCAACUAUCUUCAAAUUAAGUGGUAGCCCGGGUAUGGCUCUUAUCCUUUGGGUUCUCGCUGGUAUCAUCUCAACAUGUGGAGCCAUGGUGAUGCUAGAGUUUGGUACCAGCAUUCCUCGGUCUGGAGGCAUGAAAGUCUAUCUAGAGAGGUCAUUUUCUCCUAAGCUACUUUUUACUUGCAUUUACCUCUUCUAUUGUGCUAUCCUACAGACCUCGGCUAGCAAUGCCAUCACAGCUUCCUCAUAUAUUCUCAAGGCUGCAGCAGUUAAUUCAACAACAUGGAAGCUGCGUGGGCUAGCAAUCGUGGCGGUGUCCUUUGCUGUUGGAGUUCAUAGUGUUGCGCCACGACUUGGAAGAGGAGUGCAAGAUAUUCUCAGCGCAGUGAAACUUUUCAUCCUGUUCUUUAUUGUCUGCACCGGGUUUGCUGCACUGGGGGGCCAUGUUCGAGGAACUAAGCCUGACAAUUUUGAUAUCUCGACAUCAUUCAAGGGCACGUCGAACAAUGGUUACAAUAUUGGAACAGCUUUGUUGAAUGCGAUUUUUUCGUUCCAGGGAUAUGACAACAUGAAUGCGGUGCUUUCGGAGGUCAAGAAUCCGCAGCGUACUCUCUGUAUUGCACUGCCGACGGCCAUGGGCACUGUUACUGUGCUCUAUAUUCUUGCAAAUAUUGCCUACUUCGCAGGUGUCUCACGCGCAGAGUUCUUGGAAUCCGAUCUUACCAUUGCAGCUUCUCUAUUCAACAAUGUCUUCGGUCAUUCCGCAGCAGUUAAAGCCCUUCCAGCACUAGUGGCUAUCUCUGCAAUCGGGCAUCUUCUCGGUGUUGCCUUCACAGUCUCACGAGUUCUUCAAGAACUGGCUAAAGACGGCAUAACCCCCUUCCCCAACGUUCUCAUGCAGAACCGCCCAUUCAAAACACCUAUUUUCUGUCUUGCUAUUCACUUAGCAAUCACUGUUAUCUUUAUAUGCGCUCCUCCCGCAGGCGAUGCUUUUGAUUUCGUCGUUGGCCUGGGCACUUAUCCGACGGUCCUCCUCUUGACUCUCGUCACGAUUGGACUGAUCAAAUUACGUCUUGACAAGGAUGAUAACUUCCAGUCAUCGUUCAAAGUACCCUGGGCUAUACUAGGAUUGUACUUGGCAGGAAAUUCCUUCCUCCUGAUCAUGCCUUUUGUCCCGCCAGUCAACGGAAAGGGAAGCACGAGUCUUCCAUAUUGGUUGUCUCCUGUUGUUUCCUUGGCGAUAUUAGCCAUGGGAGUCAUUUACCAUGUGGGGCGAUUCAUCUUGUUCCCCUGGGUGUUUGGAUAUGAGCUUGAUCUGGUGGCUGUGGGUCUUAGUGAUGGAUCACGGGUCUCGAGGUAUAAGACCCGUGAGGCCUAA